ACUCCUCUUUGGGGAACGUAAACACGAUAGAGAGGCUCGAUAAUUCAUCGGUUUGGUUAAACUGACGCGAUCGCACUCGGGAGCAGCAGCGAAGCGGGGAGCUCGACGACGCGUGUGGUUUUGCUCUGGAGAUAAAUUCUCAAUCGGAGCCCCUGCAUCGUCUUCUUCGUUGGGAGAGAACGACGCUUCGAUCCCUGCCGAAAAACCAUGGACGACGAACUGCUGGAGUUGCAGAGGCAAUUCGAGUUCGCUCAGCAGGCCAAAUCCUUCGUCCGUCUCUCCGAACGCAACGUCGUCGAAUUGGUCCAGAAGCUCCAGGAGCUCCACAUCAUCGACUUCGAUCUCCUCCACACCGUUUCCGGCAAGGAGUACAUCACCCCUGAACAACUGAGGCAUGAAAUGCUGUCAGAGGUACAAAAAUUGGGACGUGUUUCUCUAAUUGACCUUGCCGACACUACUGGGGUUGAUUUGUACCAUGUUGAGAAGCAAGCUCAAGUUAUGGUGGCUGGUAAUCCAGGCCUUACGUUUGUUCAGGGGGAAAUCAUAUCGCAACAUUACUGGGACUCUGUAGCUGAAGAGAUUAACGAGCGGCUUCAAGAAUGUAGUCAGAUAGCUUUAGCAGAGCUAGCUGCACAAUUACAUGUUGGCUCGGAGUUAUUGACAUCAGUGUUGGAGCCUCGACUUGGGAGCACGGUGAAAGGAAGGCUUGAAGGUGGGCAGUUGUAUACUCCGGCAUAUGUUGCUAGAGUUAGUGCUAUGGUUCGUGGUGCAGCAAGAGGCAUUUCUGUCCCUGCAAAUCUGUCUGCAUUGUGGAGCUCUCUACAGCAACUUCUGCAGGAAAUGGAUGGAGCUACUGGAGUGUCCGUUGAGGCAUCAUUCUUCCAAUCCCUAUUCAAUGAGCUAUUGAAGGGAGGAGAGAUCCUGGGUUCACUCCGUGCAGGAGUGUACUGGACUCCAACUGUCUUUGCCAUUGCUCAGAAGGAAUGUGUUGAUUCUUUUUUCUCUCAGAAUUCCUUCAUCACUUAUGAAACGCUUAGCAGACUAGGAAUAUCGCAACCUGUUCAAUUCUUACAGUCCAGGUAUCCUGAUGGAUUCCCAUUGGCAAAUGCUUUUGUGCACCCCUCCUUGACAGAAAUGGUGGAUACUGCUAUUGAAGAUGCUGUUGAACGUUCUAGCUGGAUUGACUCACUAUCUGUAUUACCUGCAUCCUUUGGUUCUCAAGAUGCAUCUGAGAUUUUAUCAUAUUGUCCAUCUGUUCAGUCUGCUCUCAAGUCUAAUAAAGCUCUAAUCCUUGGGGAGUCCUUUGUCUUUAGCAAUGCCUUUAUCAAGGAUGUGUAUGAUCGCCUGGAAAAAGAGAUGGUAGUAGCUAAUCUUUCAGGAUCUGCUAGUGUUAAUCUUUCUGAUGAUCGAUAUUCAGCCAAGGAUGCUAAAGGAGCACAUGAUUCUGGCUUUUCCUCCGAGUUAAAUGAAAUUUCAAGUGGGAGUACGUCUAUUAAACAUGUUGUGGAUAAAGGGGGAAGGAAAAAGAAGGGAAAAUCUACUGGAAAUGCUAAAUCUGGUGCAUCUGAGAGUGGUCCAGACAAUCAGGAUUUUGUGCCGGCAAAAUCCAAGAAAAACCAGAAGAAGAGCAAAGAUGUGCCUUCGGUGCAUACGUCAGAAGUGAAAUCAAGCGCUAAGAAAGAUGCCAAAUCGCAAGAAGAAAACCAGGGUAUUCCUUCAGAAGAAUGGAGUGUGCAAGUGAUUACUACAUUGUUUCCCGAUUUCGAAGAGCAAGGUGUUGAUGAUCCAUCCAGUAUAAUUAGGUCUCUAGCCAACCACUUGAGACCUAUGCUAAUAAAUUCUUGGAAGGAAAAAAGAAAGGCAGUGUUUACAGAAAACGCAGAGAGAAUGAAACGGUUGCUUGAUGAUUUGCAAAAAAAAAUCGAUGAAGCUUUGUUAAAUAUACAGCUAUAUGAAAAGGCAUUAGAUUUGUUUGAAGAUGAUUCAUCCACUUCAGUGGUUUUACACAGGCAUCUCUUGAGAACAACAGCUGCUUCUAUUGUAGAUACGCUAUUUGUUGAUCUGGAUGCUUACAACAAAUUAAAGACUGGUGCUGAAACCGAAAAUCCUGAGAACUCACAGUGUGUCUCACUUAGUUCUGUAGAAAGAACUGCUCUUGCAAAGACAUUCCCUGGAAGCCUUUCAAAGAAGGCUCUUGCAGUGGUUGACGCUUUGGAGGGAAAGAGGGUGGAAACUUUCAUGACUGCGCUGACAGAUUUUGCAGAGGAGAGCGGAUUGGUAGUGAAAAAGCUUGACAAGAAACUGGAAAGGGCACUUCUGCAUUCUUACCGCAAGGAUUUGACCUCUCAAGUGUCUACAGAAGAGGAUCCUAUCUCUCUUCUGCCAAAAGUAGUGUCGCUGCUGUAUAUUCAGGUUCAUAGUAAGGCUCUUCAAGCUCCUGGGAGGGCCAUUUCUAUUGCCAUUACCAGAUUGAAGGAUAAGCUACAGGACUCAGCUUACCAGAUUUUGACAGAUUACCAAGCCGCUACAGUCACCCUCCUGUCACUGAUUUCUGCCUCCACUGGUGAUGAAGAGGAUUGCGCAUCUGAGAGAAUUUCUAGUAAGAGGGAGCUUCUGGAGAGUCUAAUGCCAGCACUGAAGAGCCUAGUGCUCAGCAAGCCUCAAUCUUGAGAAUUAGCCAGAUUUGUGCCAUCGCAAGACAAGAUCACAUUCAGCUCAUUAAAGACUUGGAGAGGAUAUGUUACGGCAAUUUGUUAGACAAUCAAAUGAUCUUGCGACACCGGCAACCAUGUUGGUAAUGGGGGAGUUAACUUUGUGCAGGAGAGAGAGAGAGAGAGAGAGAGAGAUCCAAUGUGAAAAUUCAUGUGUGAUCUGAGGGGGUGAAAAAGGAGGUCCUGUAACUAUUUGAUUUGUUCUUGA